AGUCUAACACUCAAACUACUGCACCAUGCUGGCUCUCAUAAAUACUGCAAAUACACACAUUUCCCACAUAAACACUGAUUAGAUGGAUGGCAGAUGCAGAAACAGCAGUUUAGGAGCCUAUGGAAACAAGAAGAAACAAAGUCAAUGAAUUUUCUCCUAGUUUUCCAAGAAAAGAACUAACUACUGCAGAGGAAGGACUCAUACGGCUUCUCAAUGUCAUCCAACAAUAACUCAAACUAUCUCUUACCUCUGGCUGUGAGGGCCAGGCUGCUGGGACUUGUCAUCUUACAUUUGAAGGGUGCAUGAUUGACAUAGUUAGGCUGGACUUUUAUGCAGACAUAACCUCUCACUUUCAUUUCAUUUAUCCAGGUAUACAUUCUCUGCGAUCAACGCUAACCUAAAGAAAAUGUUGGCCAUGUAGAUUCAUGUGAUCAUUCUGGAUUAUUUUAUGUAAAUUCCAAAAUAGUUCCUUCUCCCUAAGAACUUUGAGGAAUUUACUAUGGUGAUACAGACUAAUGCCAGAACUCAUGCUAAAAAUUUUUAAAAAACCUGUUAAAGAUGCCACAAUCCCCUUUUUUCUCGCUCACUUUCUCCCUUUUAUGGUGAAGGAGACUAACAAGGCAACUCUGAUGAAUAACCUCUGUCUGGAAAGUUCAAGUCAGAUUAGAGGUUCAUUUCACAUUAGGAAUAUAAGGGAGAGCUUCAGCUGUCUCUGUGUAAAUUGACUUGGUUUGAAGUUUAGUCCCAGGGGAUUUAAAUGCAAAGUGGAUCUAAUGCCUUCUUAAAAGUCGCUAGUUGGACACAAAUGACUUGUCUGAUUACAAUCUGGAUGAAAAAGAUAACCAAAGCCCGUUUCACAAGCCUCUCUCUCCCAGUUAGUCGCAAAGAUAUUUCAGGGCUGCUUUGUAUAGCAAUACAGACUAAUGCCUAUUCUCUUGCCAAAAUAGUUUGAAUUUUGAACUGUGACUCACUCUAGAGGUCAAGGUUUGAAUCCCCACUUGGGCAUGGAAACCCACCAGAUGACCUUCGACAAAUCACAUUAUCUCAUCUUCAAAGACAAACCAAGGAGUCUUGAACACUGCAAUCUCCAAGCUUGGAAAAGGGAAAAUAUGUCUGAGAAAAGCUAGAGAACGGAAGUUAUGGAUGGGACACUAGAAAUCUUGCAUCAUGGUCCAACUCUUUUAAAGUGUAGCACUCUUCUUCAAGGAACAUAUUUCAGCUGGAAGCAUUUUGAGAUGGCUCAAGAAGACUUUGAAAGCAACCGUCUCUAAAUGGAGGAGGGUUAAAUGACUGCCAUUACUAAAUCCUUUGCUGUCCUUCCAUGUGACUUAAGUGGUACUGAAAAGCAGAUCCCCCCCGUCUUGCUUUUCUGCCAGCCUUCGGCUUACAGCCCUCCUGGCAUCCUCCGGCACCAGCUUUUUACUGACAAUGGCAACAGAAGAGAACAUCCACAAGGCUCUGACAGACAGCGGGGUUUCAAGGGAGUGCUGGACCAUUCACAAAUUGGGAUAGGAGCAUUGCCGGCUAAUUAAGGAAUGUAACCACAGAAUUUCCAGCUUUUGGCUCUUGAACUGGGACCGGGAUCGAGAAAGGAGCAAGCACCCUCUUUGACUCCUAUCUGAUGCUGUCAGCUGUUCAAAGGGACCUGAAAAUGCUGGGAUAUAUUCCAAACAGUCAUCUAGUUAAGUGGCUUGUUUUUCUGCAUGAUGACCCCUGCGCGGCAACGUAAAUGCUGAAGUGUCAAAAAGGGGUACUCUUGUAUUUUGUGCACCACUAGCAGCAUGUACUCCCUCACUUUUAUGAUGUAACAGUGCUACAGCUUUAAUUUUAAAUCUUUCAUUUAAGACUGUGGGCUUUGAUCCAGUGUCACAUUUCAAAAGGCUUGUGAAAAGUGGUUGCAAGGGACUCUGUGUGUCAUCUGUAAUUUAUUUUUUUCUUGAAGGAUACUAGCAAUGCACUGGGGGCAAUGGAAUAUUUGCUUUGAAUACAUGUAAGGCCCAGGCUGACAUCUUGACCUUAUGGUAGUUUCUGCUUAAACUGCCAACAAUCAGUUAUGUCUGGACCAUUGUUCCUGCAAUCUCCCUGCAAACCGGUGUAUUAAAAGCAAACAGAUAUGUGAUCGCCCUGGACUAUGACCACAGGACAUAUCAAUGGCGGUCAAGGGAGCCACCGAUAUGCGAAAUGGAAUCGGGAAGACAGCGGAGAGGACUAUGCAAAGAGCGAGGUCUACGCGGACGAUGGGCAAGGCAAGCAGCGCCGGCUAACCCCAUUCGAGAAGCUCACUUUGGAUAUGUCCCGGGAUGAAAAGGUGGUAAAGGAAUUAACCCUGGGGAAGAGGAUUGGGUUUUACCGCCUCCGAGGAGAAAUUGGGAGUGGGAAUUUCUCACAGGUGAAACUUGGCAUCCAUUCUCUGACCAAAGAAAAAGUAGCUAUCAAGAUCUUGGAUAAAACCAAAUUGGACAAGAAGACACAGCGGCUCCUCUCCCAGGAGAUAUCCAGCAUGGAGAAGUUAUACCACCCCAACAUCAUCCGGCUUUAUGAGGUCAUGGAGACGCUCUCGAAACUGCACCUGGUGAUGGAAUAUGCCAGUGGAGGGGAACUGUUUGCUAAGAUCAGCAUGGAAGGAAAGUUGUCAGAAGCAGAGAGCAAGCACAUCUUCUCCCAGAUUUUGUCUGCUGUAAAACACAUGCAUGACAACAACAUAAUUCACCGGGAUCUGAAAGCCGAAAAUGUGUUUUAUACCAGUAACACCUGUGUGAAAGUGGGAGAUUUUGGAUUCAGCACGAUAAGUAAAAAAGAGGAAACCCUGAACACUUUCUGUGGCUCCCCUCCUUACGCCGCUCCAGAACUUUUCAGGGACGAGAGCUACAUUGGGGUUUAUGUGGACAUCUGGGCGCUAGGAAUUCUCCUCUAUUUUAUGACAACCGGAGUCAUGCCCUUUCGAGCAGACACAGUGGCCAAAUUGAAGAAGUGCAUUCUCGAAGGGAUGUAUAUCUUACCCUCAUUCCUUUCCGAACCUUGCCAGAAACUGAUUCGAGGAGUCCUUCAGUCAGUCCCGUCCGAACGCUACUCCAUUGAGUACAUCAUGAGCAGCGAAUGGAUGAAAGGAGUGCAAUACCCAAAGCCCUUGGAACCAUUCAAGCUGGACCCAAAAUACUUGUCAGAAAGCGGAACGCUAAGACAGGAAGAGGCCGAAGUGAAAAAAGUCCUGAUCAAUUUGGGAAUCACUGAGGAGCAUUUUCAGAAUAACCGUGGAAGAAACACUCACAGUUCGAUAACUGGGAUCUACAGAAUUAUAUUGCACAGGGUUCAGAAGAAAUGGGCCAUAGAGGCUGUGCCUAUCAUCAGCCAACCGGAACCCAAAGAGGAAGAGUCAAAGAAGGCGCACCCUACCUAUCAGGGCCUAAAACACUCAUCAAAACUCUGUUUGAUUUUAUAAAUUAUGCGACUGGCCUGGUCCAUUCAGUUUGUCUCAACUCUUGCCCUUAGGAUUUUUUGUAAUUUUGAAAUAAAUUUUUUUUAAAAGAUAA